CGAAAUCCUCCCACCGUUUCCCGCGAAUUUAUGCGAAGCCAUUGCCGAGGGGAGGGUCCAUAUAACCAGGAGCAUGGAUCUACGCACGCGUCCUGUGCUCCGUCCUUCUGCCUUUAGCUUGGUGUGCUGCUCGCUCGGUGGCACACGGUGGUGACUAGUACGUACGCGACGCCCAGAUGACCGUCAUUGACAGUCAGGCUCUCCUCGUCGCGGGCUCGCUCCUCGCAUAUGCGGGCUCAGCCCUCGCAGCGACGGCGCAGCAGUACUCGCCCCCCGCGUACCCGUACAACUCCGAGUCGGCAAACUACACGGGCCAGUCGAACAACAGCCUGCAGAACACGCCGAUCGUGUCCGGCAAGGCAUUCGACCGGUUCAUUCAGAUCUGGUUCGAGAACACUGACUUUGAGACGGCAGCGUCGUCGCAGACGUUCCAGAACCUGGCAGAACAGGGCGUCCUCUUCACGUCGUACUACGCGAUGACGCACCCUUCGGAGCCCAACUACAUCGCGGUGGCGAGUGGUGACUUUUUCGGUAACGCUGCUGAUGACUUCCGGGCUAUUCCGAUGAACAUCUCUACGAUUGUCGACUUGCUCGAGCAAAAGAACAUCUCUUGGGCAUCGUACCAAGAGUCUAUGCCUUACGAUGGGUACACUGGGUAUAAUUACACUUCAUUCGACUACAUUGCUGGCUCUGGCGACUACACCUACUACGUGCGCAAGCACAACCCGUUGAUGAUCUUUGAUUCCGUGUCAAACGUCACGGAGCGUGCGCUCCGAAUCCGUAAUUUCAACGACUUCGCUAGGGACCUGAACGCGAGCGCGAUGCCCCAGUGGAGCUUCAUCACGCCCAACCUCGUCAACGAUGGUCACGAUACGAACAUAGACUUCGUAAGCCAGUGGAUCCAGUUCUGGUUGAACCCACUGCUCGCAGACACGCGCUUCAACGACAAUCGCACGCUCAUUCUGCUCACCUUCGACGAGACCGAGACGUACAACAUCAACAACCGCAUCUGGACGCUAGCCCUCGGCGGCGGGCUGCCCACCGAGUUGAAGAACACGACAGAUGACACAUUCUACACGCACUACUCGUGUCUGUCCACUGUGCAAUCCAAUUGGGGCCUUGGAUCCCUCGGACGCGGUGACACGAACGCGACGCUGAACAACGUCUUCGAGUUCGUCGCAAGCGUAACCGGAUGGAAGAACAACGGCAUCUCGGGCAACUCCUCUGACAUUCCGUUUCUCAACCUGACAGGCACGAUCCCCGGCCCACUCAACCCUGAGUACUAUGUGCCCUUCAGUGCGCCGAACAUGAACGCAACUGGUGUGGGUGGCGGGCCCGUCUUCCAGGGCCCUGGGCUCAACACCGCUCUGUCCGCUGCAUCGCAGCCCCCGCCGGUCAACCUGACUGCGCAGGGCCUCGACACGCCUUGGGCCCAGAAUCCGGGGUAUGACUAUCCUAAUGGCACGCAGGUUUACACCAGCACACCUUCGGCGACAACGAGCGCCAGUGCGGGAAGCUGGACGAGGGGCGAAAUGAGCGUGAUUGUGCCUGCGUUGACGUUGCUUGGGUUGGUGAUUGGAUCGUUGCUUGUGCUGUGAGGAUCCAUGUUGGUCUUCAAGUUUGGAUAAUCUUGGAAUGUUGGUGGCCGGACGGGACGGUCAAUUCGAUCUAUGGGUAUGCUGCAAAAGGUCCAGGCUGUCACAUGUAAACCAGUGAAUAGCACAACUAUGUUCCCGUACUUGACUGUUCUCGGCGGGUAAGACAAGUCGUGCACUGGCAGAUAGAGAUGGGAGGAGCUGUUCAAGCGACCCGUCAGAGUCAGA